GGUCUGGUGGUCGUUACAUUAGCUAAAUUAUUGCCAUCUCUUGUAAUAUGUGUGAAGUCUAAAAUAUUUGAAUUAUUUUCACGUAGUAGUUGUAGUCACUCAAGUAACGACUACGAGUUACCAAACAACAUGACAUAAGGGUCUUCCAGCAACUUAUCUCAACGCCAAAGCACCGAAGUUCACUCAAACCGUGAUCUGGUGUAGGACUAAAGAUGAGCGAGCACAACACAUUGCCACCCCCCGAGGGACCUGACCGUCGGCGGGGGAGUGUUUUCCGUCGGUCAGGGAGCAAUGCCCAUGCCGUGGAGACUGUCAAGGAGAAGCAGGCAAGACACAAGGAGGCAAGAGAGGUUCGCAAAACCAAACUUACCCCAGCCCACAAGUACAUGUUUGAAAUCCUGGCAGACCGACUCUCCCUAGAGAUUCCAGUGGUGGAAGAUUUUAUUCUUGACAAUUCAUCUUUGGAGCCCUUUGAUCGUUUCUUUGCCAAAGGAGGAAGCAAGACGAUUGCAUUUGUGUAUCAAGAAGCUGAGGUUCCUGGAAUAGAAUGUGGCCGAACAUUUCCUGGAAUGGCAAAAGGAUCCAAAAUGAUGCGGCUGGUUUUAGCAAGCCUAUCAGAGACAUGCCUUACAGGGAUUUGCCUGUUUUUUGUCCGCACUAAAGUUGAUGCUGUCAUUAAUCCAAAAAACAUUCAUGAGGAAAUAUACUUUUCAAUGCUGGAUGCUCGAAAUGGUCUUCUAAAAGGCACUAGGAACCUGCUGUCCAAAAUCCUGGUGCCAGCUGUUGGUGCAACGGAAAACUGGGGAGCACUAAAUGAAUCUAAACAUGGAGACAAGGAUAAGCAGAACUUUAAAGACACAAUCUCACGCUAUGUUAGCUUCUUAGAUGGUAUCCAGGUGAGCAUUGAAGGAGCUGUUCAUCUCAAUGAACCCACAGACAUUGACUUCACUAAGCUUGUUUCAUUUGAGGACAUAAAAGCAGCCGCUGCAGAUAUGGACAGAGUGCAUCAGCUGGAGGAUGUUCUUAUGAUGUGGUACAAGCAGAUUGAACAGGUCCUCACUGAGAGUGAUCAGAUGAGGAAAGAGGCUGAUGCAUCCGGACCCCUCACUGAGCUUGAACACUGGAAGAGGAUGUCUGCCAAGUUCAACUCCAUCAUUGAUCAUAUCAAGAGCCCUGAGUGCAAAGCUGUCAUCAAUGUGCUCAACAUCAGUCGCUCCAAAUCACUGAAGCUGUGGAGAGAAUUAGAUGCCAGAAUAACAGACUGUGCUAAUGAAGCUAAAGAUAAUGUGAAGUUCCUAUAUACACUGGAAAAAGUUUGCCAGCCUCUUUACAACAAUGACCCGGUUACCAUGGCUAAAAGUGUUCAGAACCUCAUCAAUGCAAUCAGAAUGAUUCACAGCGUGUCACGCUACUAUAACACUUCCAAGAGAAUGACCUCCCUCUUCAUAAAAGUUACAAAUCAGAUGGUAACAGCCUGUAGAGCCUAUAUUACAGACAGCGGCUCCAAUCGGAUAUGGGACCAAGACACUGAAGUGGUCUUAAAGAAAAUAGAGGAAUGCAUUUCCCUGUUCCGGGAGUAUCAGUCCUGCUUCCAUAAGACGAAGAAGGAAACCCUUGAAAGGCCUGGCGAGCAGCCUUUUGAGGUCUCAGAAAUGUAUAUUUUUGGAAAAUUUGAAGGAUUUAGCAAACGACUUGAGAAGAUAUCGCAGAUGAUAUUUGCCAUAAAGACAUUUUCGGUGCUCAGCAAGUCCACCAUUGAGGGAAUUGAUACAUUAGCUACAAAAUUUCAAAAUAUAUAUUUAACCAUGAAGAAAAAGCAAUAUGAUUUCCUUGCACCCAGAAAAGCUGAGUUCGAAGUAGACUUUGCAGAGUUCAUGACACAGAUGGGCCACCUUGAGAACCAGCUUCAGGCUUUCAUGAACUCCUGCUUCUCAAAGAUCGUGUCAUCUCAGCAUGCCUUGCGUCUUUUACAAAGGUUUCAGAAAUUAAACCUGCCCUGUCUGCAAGCUGAAAUCUCCAGCGCUGUGAAAAUCAUUCUCCAGCACUACAUCUCAGAACUGGAAGGCGUCAGAAAGCUGUAUCAACUCCACAGGGAGGAUCCUCCAGUAGCCAGGAACAUGCCACCCAUUGCUGGAAAAAUACUCUGGGUCAAGCAGUUGUUCCGAAAGAUACAAGAGCCUCUUACGUUUAUAGAGGAAAAUUCGGAUAUUUUAUCGUCUCAAGAGGGUAAGGAUGUGGUUAAGAUGUACAACAAGACAGCGUCUACUCUUGUGGAAUUUGAGAUUCUUUACCACAGAUCCUGGAUGAGGGAUGUUUCCCAGCUGCAGUAUGCUCUUCAAGCCACAUUGCUGGUACUGCAUCCUGAUACUGGAAAGCUGAUGGUGAAUUUCGACCCCAAAAUAUCAGAGAUUAUUCGAGAGACAAAGUGUAUGCAAAAGAUGGGGCUGGUAGUUCCUGAGCAGGCACUGCGCCUGGUUAAGAAUGAGAAGUCCAUUAUGGCCAGUCGACUUCGCUUAGAGACUUUCCUGAGCAACUACGAAGAGCUCCUGAAGAAAAUUACUCCCGUCUUCUACAAUCUGAUGACUUCAAAGAUAAAACAGGUGGAUUCUGUGCUCCGUCAUGGCUUAGUUCUGCUGAACUGGUCAUCGCUGAUCUUGGAUAAAUAUUUCACCAACAUUGACACGGCAUUGUCCGACCUUAGCCAUCUCCUGAAGAAGGUGAGAGAUAUCUGUGAGAUGCAGAUUGAUGCUGUGCUUCAGGACAUCUCAGAGACCACCCUCAUCAACCUCCCCGAUGACAGGCCAUCUACUCUGCAAGAACUAGUGUCAAUCAAUGAGAAUCAAUGCAAACAAUGGGCAGGAAUUUUGGACCUGAAGAGCAGGCAUGUAGAGGAGGCUGUGAGGGAACUCAUUGACAUCUUCAACAGCAUCUAUGUACCAAAAGAUACCAAAACAACCACUCCUGCAGAGCGAAAGCAAGUUAAAGGCAAGGUUGGCUUUUCAUCGGAUGUAAAAGGUCCAAGUGAGGAUGACGUGGGUGAAGAGAGUCAUGAAGGAGAGCAAGAAGAUGAAUUUGAGAAGGAAUGCCAAGAGAUGUAUUCCUUCUUCAGCGCUAAACUACUGGAAGCCUUAGUAAAAGCCACACAUCUGUCCCUGGACACACUCAAAAGGAGAAUCCUCAUCUCCAACUUGUCCUCAAGAAAGACCAAGUCAGAGGAGCUAGUUACAUGCAUCAAGUCAGAAGUCCAUCUAACAAUUCCCAACGUGGUCAUGGUUCCCAGUCUUGAUGACAUCCAGUUGGCCAUCAACCGCUUUGUGCAUCUGGUGCUGGAGGUGAGCCGCGGUGUGGCACGCUGGGGACAUUUCCGCCUCACUGACAGCACUCCCAACUUAAGGGUCAUGAAUUUCUACCAAAGUGUGGCUGAGCACAAGGACAUAUGCAAGCUUGUGAUGGUACUGACCUCAGCAGUGAACUCACUCAGGAAGCAGACAAGUGACGUCCUCAAGCAGUUCCAUCCCUUCAAGGUGGUCUGGGCUGAGGACAGAGAUGUCAAGGUCAAGGAAUUCAUGAACAGUGACCCGUAUUUGGCUCAAAUCAGGUCUGAAAUUCUGCACUAUGUGUCAUUUGAGCAAGAGAUAGAGGACAUCAAACCUAUUAUGAUCUUAGGAUCCAUUGAGUUGUCCACUGCACCUCUAAAAAUGUCAUUAAUGGUGGAGGCAAAGGCUUGGAAGAAGUUGCUGUGCAAGUACCUGAAUGAGAAGUACAAGAAGCAGAUGAUGGACAUCAUUAGCUUUACCGGUUCCCAUCUGAAGAAGCUCUCCCGGCCCAUCUCUGACCUGGAGGAUGUGCGCUUUGCCAUGGAGGCACUGGGCAAUAUUCGGGAUUCAGAGAUCAGCAUGGACAUGUCUCUAGGACCCAUAGAGGAAGCAUACGGCAUCCUGUCCCGAUUUGAGGUGGAGGUCACCAAGGAGGAGGCAGAGGGUGUGGACACUCUCAGAUACUCCUUUGUCAAAAUGCAGGCCAAAGCUAGAUCAGUACAAGACGAGCUGGUGCUCGUGCAGCCGAAGUUUAAGGAGAGCCUCCUGUCAUCAGUUACCGUGUUCAAAAAUGAUGUUUCCACAUUUUCUGAACAGUAUGAAAAGGAAGGCCCCAUGGUGGAAGGGAUCGCUCCAGAUGAGGCCAGCACCAGGCUGCAGAUCAGCCAGGCAUGGUUUGAUGAUCUCUGGAGGAAGUUCAUCACCUAUUCCUCUGGAGAGCAGCUGUUUGGUCUCCCUGUCACUGACUACGAGGCUCUACAGAAGAUUCGCAAAGAACUAGGUCUCCUCCAGAAGCUCUAUGGUCUGUAUGACACGGUCAUGAGUAAGAUCAGUGGCUACUAUGACAUCCUGUGGACCGAUGUGGACAUUGAGAAGAUAAAUGCUGAGCUGCUGGAGUUCCAGAACAGGUGCCGUAAACUCCCCAAGGGCCUGAAGGACUGGCAGGCCUUCCUGGACCUCAAGAAACGCAUCGAUGACUUCAGCGAAUCCUGCCCUCUGCUGGAAAUGAUGGCUAACAAGGCCAUGAAGCUCAGGCACUGGGACCGCAUCACUAACCUCACAGGCCACAAGUUUGAGAUCGAGUCGGAUACUUUCUCUCUGCAAAACAUCAUGGAGGCUCCAUUGCUGAAGUACAAAGAGGAUAUUGAGGACAUCUGCAUCUCAGCGGUGAAGGAGAAGGACAUUGAGGCCAAGCUGGCGCAGGUGGUGGACAUCUGGUCCAGCCAGGCCUUCAGCUUCAUGACCUUCAAGGGCCGCGGAGAACUCAUGCUGCGAGGAGCCGAGACGGCUGAGAUCGUCACCGUCAUGGAGGACAGUCUCAUGGUGCUGGGAUCACUCCUCAGCAACAGGUACAACGCUCCAUUCAAAAAAGAUAUUCAGAACUGGGUGUUCAAGUUGUCCACCUCCUCCGACAUCAUUGAGCAGUGGCUUAUUGUUCAGAACCUGUGGGUGUAUCUGGAAGCCGUCUUUGUUGGCGGUGACAUUGCCAAACAGUUGCCUCAGGAAGCGAAGCGUUUCCAGAACAUUGACAAGUCGUGGAUAAAGAUCAUGCAGCGUGCGCAUGACAUCCCCAACGUAGUGCAGUGCUGUGUGGGUGACGAGACCAUGGGGCAGCUGCUGCCUCAUCUGCAGGAGCAACUGGAGCUCUGCCAGAAGUCCCUCACAGGUUACCUUGAGAAGAAACGUUUGCAGUUUCCGCGAUUCUUCUUUGUGUCUGAUCCCUCUCUCUUGGAGAUUUUGGGCCAGGCCAGUGAUUCCCACACUAUCCAGUCUCAUCUCCUGGGAGUGUUUGACAACGUCAACGAAGUAGAGUUCCAUCCCAAGGACUAUGACAAGAUGAUGGCCGUCAUCUCACAGGAGGGAGAAAAAGUGCCGCUGGAUGUGCCAGUGAUGGCCCGUGGGCCUGUAGAGCUGUGGCUGGGAGAGCUGCUGGUGCAGCAACAGGCCUCUCUGCACUCGGUCAUCAAAGCUGCAGACAUCCAGAUCAACGACUCCAACUUCCAGCUGCUGCCCUUCCUAAACCAGUUCCAGGCACAGGUGGGCCUUCUGGGGAUUCAGAUGCUGUGGACACGUGACUCAGAGGAAGCCCUGCGCAAUGCCAAAGAUGACAAGAAGAUCAUGUCCCUGACCAACCAAAGGUUCCUGGACCUGCUCAACACACUCAUCUCACAGACCACUCAUGACCUGACCAAGUUUGACAGAGUCAAGUUUGAGACUCUGGUGACAAUUCAUGUCCAUCAGAGAGACAUCUUUGAUGACCUAGUGAAAAUGCACAUCAAGUCAGUCAAUGAUUUUGAGUGGCUGAAACAGAGCAGGUUUUACUUCAAAGAUGACCUGGACCAAGUUAUAGUGUCCAUCACAGAUGUGGACUUCAUCUAUCAGAAUGAGUUCCUGGGCUGCACAGACCGUCUUGUCAUCACCCCCUUGACUGACAGGUGUUACAUCACCCUGGCCCAGGCCCUGGGUAUGAGUAUGGGUGGAGCCCCAGCAGGGCCUGCUGGUACAGGAAAGACCGAGACCACCAAAGACAUGGGCCGCUGCCUGGGGAAAUACGUGGUCGUCUUCAACUGCUCUGACCAAAUGGACUUCAGAGGCCUUGGGAGAAUCUACAAAGGGUUGGCCCAGUCAGGAUCCUGGGGCUGCUUUGACGAGUUCAACAGAAUUGACCUGCCUGUGCUCUCAGUAGCUGCCCAGCAGAUCUACAUCGUCCUGUCUGCCCGCAAAGAGCGUAAAACUCAGUUCAUUUUCAGCGAUGGAGACUGCGUGGAUCUGAAUCCAGAGUUUGGUCUCUUCAUUACCAUGAACCCUGGUUAUGCCGGACGUCAAGAGCUGCCGGAGAACUUGAAGGUGCAGUUCAGGACCGUGUCCAUGAUGGUGCCUGACCGACAGAUCAUUAUGAGGGUGAAGUUGGCCAGUUGUGGGUUUAUUGAGAAUGUUAUAUUAGCCCAGAAAUUCUUUGUCCUCUACAAGCUUUGUGAGGAGCAGCUCACCAAACAGGUGCACUAUGACUUUGGUCUGAGGAACAUCUUGUCCGUGCUGAGGACACUGGGAGCACAGAAGAGAGCCCGUCCCUCUGAGACAGAGUCCAGCAUCGUCAUGAGAGUGCUGCGAGACAUGAAUCUCUCCAAACUGGUGGAUGAGGACGAGCCCCUGUUUCUCAGCUUGAUCAGUGACCUGUUCCCCGGCAUCCAGCUGGACAGCAGCACCUAUGUGGAGCUCCAGGCAGCCGUGGAGAACCAGGUGCACCAGGCUGGCAUCGUCAACCACCCGCCCUGGAACCUCAAGCUGGUGCAGUUGUAUGAGGCCUCCCGUGUGCGUCACGGCCUGAUGACCCUGGGGCCGAGCGGGGCCGGCAAGACGGCGGUCAUCAACAUCCUGAUGCGGGCCAUGAGCGACUGUGGCACCCCGCACAGGGAGAUGAGGAUGAACCCCAAGGCCAUCACCGCCCCGCAGAUGUUUGGACGACUGGACGCUGCCACCAACGACUGGACAGACGGCAUCUUCUCCACCCUCUGGAGGAAGACCCUCAAAGCUAAGAAAGGUGAGAACAUUUGGAUUGUGUUGGACGGCCCUGUGGACGCCAUCUGGAUUGAGAACUUGAACUCCGUGCUGGACGACAACAAGACGCUGACCCUGGCCAACGGAGACCGUAUCACCAUGUCGCCCUGCUGCAAGCUGGUGUUUGAGGUGCACAACAUGGACAAUGCCUCCCCCGCCACGGUGUCCAGAGUGGGCAUGGUGUUCAUGAGCUCCUCCGCUCUCAGCUGGAGGCCCAUCCUACAGGGAUGGGCUUACAAGCGCAGUGCUCAGGAAGCAGACGCUCUGAUCACCUUAUACGACAGUCUGUUUGAGGAUGCCCACGUCUAUAUCAAACAAAGCCUCAAACCCAAAAUGGAACUCUUAGAGUGCAACUACAUCAUGCAGUCUCUGAACCUGCUGGAGGGCCUGAUCCCAUCUAAAGAGUCUGGUGUGGUGGUGAGCACCAGCCACCUGGCGCGUCUGUUUGUCUUCUGCCUGAUGUGGAGCCUGGGGGCCCUGCUGGAGCUGGAGGACAGAGACCGCCUGGAGGCCUUCUUCCGCCAGCACGACAGCAAGGUGGACCUGCCCCCCACCAAGGACGGAGAGACCAUCUUUGAGUACAUGGUCAACCAGAAUGGUGAGUGGGACCACUGGAGUAAGUAUGUGGUGGAGUACAUUUACCCCACUGACUCCAUCCCCAACUACUCCUCCAUUCUGGUGCCCAACGUGGACAACACAAGAACCAACUACCUCAUCGAAACCAUUGCAAAGCAGCACAAGGCCGUCCUGCUGAUUGGCGAACAAGGAACUGCCAAGACUGUCAUGAUAAAAGGCUACACCAAGAAGUAUGACCCAGAGACCGACUUGUUCAAGUCCAUGAACUUCUCCUCUGCCACUGAGCCCAUGAUGUUCCAGCGCACAGUAGAGAGCUACAUAGAGAAGCGCAUGGGCAGCACCUAUGGACCUCCAGGCGGCAGACGCAUGACCGUCUUUGUGGACGACAUCAACAUGCCAAUCGUCAACGAGUGGGGAGAUCAGAUCACCAAUGAGAUUGUGAGACAGUUGAUGGAGAUGUCAGGCAUGUACAGCCUGGACAAGCCAGGAGACUUCACCACCAUAGUGGACGUGCAGAUCAUGGGGGCCAUGAUCCACCCUGGAGGAGGCCGCAAUGACAUCCCCCAGCGACUCAAGAGGCAGUUCAGCGUCUUCAACUGCACCCUACCAUCCAACAGCUCUAUUGACAAGAUCUUUGGUAUAAUGGGCUGUGGAUACUUCCAUGAGUGUAGGGAUUUCAAACCAGAGGUCUCAAAUAUGAUCAAGUCCCUUGUCUCUGCUGCUAGGAUUGUUUGGCAGUGGACUAAGGUGAAAAUGUUGCCCACCCCGUCCAAGUUCCACUACUUCUUCAACUUGCGUGACUUGUCGCGUAUCUGGCAGGGCAUGCUCAACAUCCAGGCCUCUGAGUGUGCUGACGUCCCCACUUUACUGGCUCUGUUUAAGUGUGAAUGCACCAGGGUGAUAGCAGACAGGUUUGUGUGCCACGAGGACAAGGAGUGGUUUGACAAGGCCAUAACACGUUCCAUCCAUGAGCACGUGGAUGCCAACCUGGUACCGCAAAUACACCCCGACCCCUACUUUGUGGACUUCCUGCGAGACGCUCCAGAGCCAACAGGUGAAGAGGCUGAAGAUGUUUGUCUGGAUGCACCCAAAGUCUAUGAACUGGUGCCCUCAUUUGAGUACCUGUCUGAGAAGCUUCAGUUCUACCAGACACAGCAUAACGAGGCAGUCAGAGGCACCAGCUUGGACCUGGUGUUCUUCACGGACGCAAUGACUCACCUGAUCAAGAUCUCUCGCAUCAUUAGGACUGAUUGUGGCAGUGCUUUGCUGGUUGGAGUAGGAGGAUCUGGCAAGCAGAGUCUUACUCGCCUGGCAUCCUUCAUCGCAGGCUAUGGAAUCUUCCAGAUCACACUGACCAGGUCCUACAACGCCACUAACCUGAUGGAUGACCUGAAGGUGCUGUAUCGAACAGCAGGAGCUGAUGGGAAAGGCGUCACCUUCAUCUUCACUGACAACGAGAUCAAAGAUGAGGCCUUCCUGGAGUACCUCAACAACGUGCUCUCAUCUGGAGAGGUUUCAAAUCUAUUUGCCCGUGAUGAGCUGGAUGAGAUCACCCAGAGCCUGAUCUCUGUCAUGAAGAAGGAGUUGCCCAAGCAGCCACCCACCUUCGACAACCUCUACGACUACUUCAUCUCCAGAGUCAGGAAGAACCUUCACGUGGUCCUGUGCUUUUCCCCGGUGGGUGAGAAGUUCCGUGGGCGCUCGCUAAAGUUCCCGGGUCUGAUCUCCGGCUGCACGAUGGACUGGUUCACGCCCUGGCCUAGCGAGGCCCUGGUGGCCGUGUCUCACUACUUCAUGGCCGAGUUCCCCAUGACCUGCUCACAUGACGUCAAGCAAGCCGUGGUCAAGACCAUGGGCAUCUACCAUGACAAGGUGUCUGUGACCUGCGACAACUACUUUGAAAGAUUCCGAAGAAGAACACACGUGACUCCUAAAUCCUACCUGUCCUUCAUUAAUGGCUAUAAGACACUCUAUACAGAAAAGCACUCUUUCAUCAACACUCUGGCGGAGCGCAUGAAUGUUGGUCUGUCCAAACUGAUGGAGGCCAGUGAGUCGGUGGCCCAGCUCUCCAAAGACCUGGUGGUGAAGGAGAAGGAGCUGGCUGUGGCCUCUGUCAAGGCAGACAAGGUGCUGGCGGAGGUGACGGUGAGUGCGGAGGCUGCCUCGGUGGUGAAGAACGAGGUGCAGGUGGUGAAGGAUAAGGCCCUGAAGAUCGUGGAGGGCAUUGAGAAGGAGAAGGCCUUUGCGGAGGUCAAGCUGGAGGCUGCCAAGCCGGCCUUGGAGGAGGCCGAGAACGCCUUGAAUACUAUUAAAGCAGCUGAUGUCGCCACCGUGAGGAAGCUGGCCAAACCGCCUCACCUCAUCAUGCGCAUCAUGGACUGCUGUUUGCUUCUGUUCCGCAAGAAGGUUGACACCAUCACCAUGGACCCUGACAGGCCAUGUCACAAGCCCUCAUGGACAGAGGCUCUGAAGCUGAUGAGUGCCAGCGGUUUCCUGGGCUCGCUGCAGCAGUUCCCCAAAGACACCAUCAACGAGGAGAUGGUGGAGCUGCUGACGCCUUACUUCGACAUGGAGGACUACAACCUGGAGAAUGCCAAGAAGGUCUGCGGUAACGUGGCAGGCCUCCUGUCCUGGACCAAGGCCAUGGCCACCUUCUUUGACAUCAACAAGGAGGUUCUGCCUCUGAAGGCUAACCUGGUGAUCCAAGAGGGCCGGUUGACGGUGGCCAACGCAGAGUUGGCCAAAGCCCAGUCCCAGCUGGACGAGAAACAGGCUGAACUGGAUAAGGUGCAGGCCAAGUUCGACGCUGCCAUGACGGAGAAGCAGGACCUGCUGGAUGAUGCAGCACUGUGCAAGAGCAAGAUGCUGGCAGCCUCCGCUCUGAUUGACGGACUUAGUGGAGAGAAGGUCCGCUGGACAGAGCAAAGCAAAGAGUUUAAGUCACAGAUUAACAGGCUGGUGGGAGAUGUUCUGCAGCUCACAGGCUUCUUGUCCUACUGCGGGCCCUUCAACCAGAGCUUCCGUGACCUGCUGCUCAAGAAGAUCUGGAUGGCUGAGCUGCUCCGAUGGAAGAUCCCCUUCACCGACAACCUCAACCUCAUCUCCAUGCUGGUGGACCAACCUACGAUCAGUGAGUGGAAUCUGCAGGGGCUGCCGGGAGAUGACUUGUCUGUCCAGAAUGGCAUCAUCGUGACCAAGGCAGCCAGAUUCCCACUGCUCAUCGACCCACAGACACAGGGCAAAGCUUGGAUCAAGCAGAAGGAGAAAUCCAACGAACUGCAGGUGACGUCCCUGAACCACAAGUUCUUCCGUACCCAUCUGGAGGACAGCUUGUCUCUGGGCCGGCCGCUGCUCAUUGAGGAUGUCCGCGAGGAGCUGGACCCAGCGCUGGACAACGUCUUGGAGAAGAACUUCAUCAAGUCUGGCUCCACUUUGAAGGUGAAAGUUGGCGACAAGGAGACGGACGUGAUGCCGGGCUUCAGGCUGUACAUCACCACCAAGCUGCCCAACCCGGCCUACACCCCCGAGAUCAGCGCCAAGACCUCCAUCAUAGACUUCACCGUCACCAUGAAGGGCCUGGAGAACCAGCUGCUGGGUCGCGUCAUCCUAGCUGAGAAAUAUGAACUGGAGGCAGAGAGACUGAAGCUGAUGGAGGAUGUGACGGCCAACAAGAGGAAGAUGAAGGAGCUGGAGGAUAACUUGCUGUACAAACUCAGCACUACCAAAGGUUCCCUGGUGGACGACGAGUCCAUGAUUGGCAUCCUGAGCGUGACCAAGCAGACGGCGGCGGAGGUGAGCGAGAAGCUGCACGUGGCGGCGGAGACGGAGGUGAAGAUCACCACGGCCCAGGAGGAGUACCGGCCGGCCGCCUCGCGAGGCAGCAUCCUCUACUUCCUCAUCACCGAGAUGAGCAUGGUCAACGUCAUGUACCAGACCUCUCUCGCACAGUUCCUCAAGAUCUUUGACCUCUCCAUGGCCAGGUCAGAGAAGUCUCUUCUGACCCAGAAGCGAAUCUCCAACAUCAUUGACUACCUGACCUUCGAGGUGUUCCGCUACACAGUGCGUGGCCUUUAUGAGAACCACAAGUUCAUCUUCACCAUCUUGCUGGCCCUCAAGAUAGACCUGCAGAAAGCCAGAAUUCAACACAACGAAUUUCAAACGCUUAUCAAAGGUGGGGCUGCCUUAGAUCUGAAGGCUUGUCCAGCCAAGCCGUUCCGUUGGAUCCUGGAUAUGACUUGGCUCAAUCUAGUGGAGCUGUCCAAGCUGCCUCAGUUCAGCGAAAUCAUGAACCAGGUGUCUCGUAAUGAGAAGGGCUGGAAGUUGUGGUUUGAUCUGGAUUCCCCAGAAGAAGGGGUGAUACCUGACGGCUACGACGACUCUCUGGAUGUCUUCCACAGGCUUCUGCUCAUCAGGUCGUGGUGUCCGGACCGCACCCUGUCCCAGGCCAGGAAGUAUGUGGGUGACUCGAUGGGCAUGCGCUUUGCGGACCCCGUCAUCCUGAACCUGGAGGCCACCUGGGAGGAGAGCGACACGCGCACCCCCCUCAUCUGCUUCCUGUCCAUGGGCUCCGACCCCACCAAUCAGAUCGAAGCACUGGCAAAGAAGCUCCGCCUGGAGUGCAGAGCCAUAUCCAUGGGCCAAGGACAGGAGGUGCAUGCCAGAAGACUUAUGCAGAUGUCCAUGGCACAGGGAGGCUGGGUGCUGCUGCAGAAUUGCCAUCUGGGUCUGGAGUUCAUGGAGGAGCUGCUGGAGACGGUGACCACUGUGGAGUCGGCGCACGACUCCUUCCGGGUCUGGAUCACCACCGAGCCCCAUGUGAAAUUCUCCAUCACCCUGCUGCAGUCCUCCAUCAAGUUCACCAACGACCCUCCGCAAGGCGUGCGUGCCGGCCUGAAGCGCACCUUCGCCGGCAUCUCUCAGGACCAGCUGGACGUCAGCAACCUGCCCAUGUGGAAGCCCCUGCUGUACGGGGUGGCCUUCCUCCACACCGUGGUCCAGGAGCGGCGUAAGUUCGGGCCUCUGGGCUGGAACAUUCCCUAUGAGUUCAACUCGGCCGACUUCACAGCCAGUGUCCAGUUUGUGCAGAACCACCUGGAUGAAUGCACCCCCAAGAAGGGUGUGUCAUGGGUAACUGUGCGCUACAUGCUGGGAGAGGUGCAGUACGGAGGAAGAGUCACAGAUGACUACGACAAGAGGCUCCUCAAUUGCUUCGCAAGGGUGUGGUUCAACGAUAAGAUCUUUGAUCCAAACUUCUGCUACUACACGGGCUACAAGAUCCCAGUGUGUAAGGCACUGGAGCAGUACAUGGAGUACAUCCAGACCUUGCCCUCAGUUGACUCGCCACAGGUGUUUGGUCUGCACCCCAAUGCCGACAUCACCUACCAGACCAACACGUCUGCAGAGGUGCUGGAUACCAUUACCAACAUCCAGCCCAAGGAGAGUGGUGGCGGCGUGGGUGAAACCAGGGAGUCCAUAGUCUACCGGCUGGCAUCAGACAUGCUGGACAAGUUGCCACCUAAUUAUGUGCCCCACGAGGUGAGGGCGCGCCUGGUGAAGAUGGGUGCUCUGAACUCCAUGAACAUCUUCCUGCGUCAAGAGGUGGACCGCAUGAACAAGAUCAUCGUUGUGGUGCGCACCAGCCUCAACGACCUCAAGCUGGCCAUCGAAGGAACCAUCAUCAUGAGCGAGAACCUAAGGGAUGCCCUGGACAACAUGUAUGAUGCGCGUGUGCCCAACCUGUGGAAGAAGCUGUCGUGGGACUCGUCCACGCUGGGCUUCUGGUUCACCGAGCUGCUGGAAAGAAACAUCCAGUUCCACAGCUGGGUGUUUGAGGGACGCCCCAAGACCUUCUGGAUGACUGGCUUCUUCAAUCCUCAGGGCUUCCUGACGGCCAUGAGACAGGAGGUGACGCGAGCUCAUAAGGGCUGGGCCCUGGACACCGUCACGCUCCACAACGAGGUGCUCAAGCAGACCAAGGAGGAGAUCACAUCGGCCCCCUCUGAGGGCGUCUACGUGUACGGCUUGUUCCUGGACGGUGCCGGAUGGGACCGCCGUAACUGCCGGCUGAUAGAGGCCACGCCCAAAGUGCUGUUCACAGCGCUGCCUGUGGUGCACAUGUUUGCCAUCAACUCCACGGCCCCCAAAGACCCCAAACUCUACAUCUGCCCCGUCUACAAGAAGCCGCGCCGCACCGACCUCACCUACAUCACGGGCAUCGUGCUGCGCACCGUACAGAACCCAGACCACUGGAUCCUGCGCGGAGUGGCCCUGCUCUGUGACAUCAAAUAAGCACAGCAGACACACACACCCAUAAACACUGUUUAUAUUAAAACUUAUCAAGAGCACCUUA